GUGUUUCUGUGGAGCGAGAAUUUUCGUAAUCACGAACUUCACCUGUCCACGCGAUUGACUGCUAUCAAGCGGAAAAUACGACACGAUAACUUAUUCCUACUUACCGGGCGUGUGUUGAUCCCGCCUCUCUGUAACCCACCCUCAUCGCCGCUCAUCUUCACAGGACGACGAUCAAAAGCAUCCGAUAAAAGGUCGCCAACAUGGCGCCCAAAAUUCAGCCGCCCUCCGACCCGACUGCACUUCUCUGGGCGCAUCAGAUGAAGCGAGAGCAUGGGUUCCUCCUCGACCGCAUGCAGAAACUCGAGGCCGCUAUCAGUAGGAUCGAGGGACUCGCCACCGCGGCACAGGACGUCCAGGCUCUCACUGAAGUGGCAAUCGACAAGAGCAGUGCCGCAGCUCAACAGGCCGUGGAGAAGGUUCGCAGGGAAGUGUCCACUCAAUUCGAAGACCUGGAGUGUUGGAACCACACACCACACUAGUGCCCAAUUGAGAAGAUUGAUGGAAUACCAAUCAAUAAGUGGAUUAA